UCGAUCAGAAGCCCCGAGUGCUGAUGUGUUACAAGAAAGCUCACCGCAGGGAGACUUGUGAGUUUCUUCCUUGAUGCAGUAAUAAUACAAUAACGGAGAGAAGCGGCGGUGGGUCACAGGUCGAUGUCAAAGAAGACGCAGCGGAAGAGAUCGACAGCAGCGGGUCAGAGAGCGAAUGGCGCCCAAAGGUAAAGUUGGCACCAAGGGGAAGAAGCAGAUCCACGAGGAGAAUGCGGAGACUCAAAAGUUCUACACCAGAGUCAUCCUAGGAGCUAACGCAAUAUAUGUUGCCGUAAAUCUUUUGGUUUUCUACAGUUCGUCUACAUUUUCGACAUGGCUCCUGCUUGUGUUCGCACUAGCAGUGCAUGUCGGGAGCUACCGCUCCAUGUCGGCCAUGGCCAAGGCAGUGUUUGCUGAGGACGGAAGUCUCGUGGACGGAGGAAUAGACUUAAACAUGGAGCAGGGAAUGGCAGAGCACCUGAAGGACGUCAUCCUGCUCACAGCCAUAGUCCAAGUGCUCAGCACAAUCUCCUCUUAUUUCUGGUAUCUUUGGAUGCUGGCCCCGUUCCGAGCCCUCUACCUGCUGUGGGUGACCUUCCUGGGUCCCUGGUUUAUGGCAGAAAGCCCGUCGGCACCAGAGGAAGUGAAUGAGAAGAAGCAGAGGAGACAAGAGCGCAGACAGAUGAAGAGAUUCUGAUGCUGCAGGGGCAGACGGAGCAGUAUUUUUAUACACAGAAUCUAAUAUACAGAUAGCGAGGAACUCAUAAGUUAUUCAGGAAGAAACUUUGUUGUUAAGUUAAACUCAAUCCAAAUCUGAUACUGUGGAAUCUUCUUUUCCGUGUUUGUUUGUUUGUUUUUUCUGCUUUCUUCUGUAAUCCAAUGUUCUCCCUAAGCUAUUAAAUGAUGCGUUCUCUAUUUAGAUAAUGUUACGGUCCAAAUCUCAUUCAUCCUCAUGCAGAGAUUUAAGAGAUUUUUUUUUUUUGGCUUUUGCACAAUCCCGCCACACUUGAUUUCCAUCAAACGUUCCUUAACACCCCACACGACACAGUGCCGAGAACGAGUCGAGAAACCAGCUGAAGAUAUUCUGUCAGUGCACGUAUUGUCAGGGCAUGUCUUUUAUUUUCUCUUAAUUUUAUUUUCCCAAAAAUCCCUUUGAUGUAAAAUAAUUUAUGAUCCUUCGUCACAGAGCUGAUUGUGUUUGUGAGCUUCUAAGUCUUCUCAGAAUCAACUGGAUAGAAUUCAAGUUUUAAUAAAUAACUUUUUUUGCAAUAAAAUAAAUCCCUCCAGUGAGUGGAGUUGAUCAUCA